AGAAUGGACAGUGGAAGAAGAGAGAAGUUAUUGGUGUCACUGAGAAGAAUGAACGGUGAAUAUAAGUAAGCCGUGAAACCAGUCAGCCUUUUUCAGGUCUCUCAAAGUCAUAACCGACGCGUUCGCUUCCUUCACCAACCCGGUAACCAUUACAUAAAGGCCAGCCUUCUUCGUCUUCUUCUUCUUCCUCUUCUAACUCUGUUCUCAAUUACUUUUCUUCAAACCCUACUUUCUGGUUAUAUCAUGGAGAAUCGUUCUUCGAAGACUAAGGCCGCCUUGUGGGACUGUGGCAGCACGCUCUAUGACUCCUUCGAGCUCAACUCCUUCAAGUGUCAACUCGACUCUGCUAUAGCUAAUUCCGCCAGAAGUCUCUCCAUGCCUCACCUCUCCGACCGCGGACUUCCGGCUCCUCCGCCUCCCCCGCCCACCAUGUCCAAGAAGCCCUUCAAAAUCUCUCGCUCCCUCCAGAAGCUCCUUCGCUCCGUUUUCAAGCUCAAUAAUAACAAUCACAAUCAUCAUAGUCUCAAGAAAGCUUCGUCCGUUAAAUCUUCCAGGAGUAGUUUCCAGGUGCCACAGAAAUCCGGAGAGCGUUACUUGGUGGUUUACGACAAGCAGUCAGGGCCGGUGCUUUCGUCCAUCCCGGAGCUGCCGGAGUUUGAGAUGGCUAAGGUUUCGCCGGACAUCACUUCUCUGGUCAAAAGGUCGGCUUCGGAACGCUUUACGCCCACGACAAUGGGUAUUUCCUGUGCCUGACGGACCCAGCUGGCUUUUAGGCAGCAUGAUUAUGAGAUGAUAUAUUUUAAUUAGCAGGAUUUUUAGUAUGAUAUGAUGGUGAUAAUAACGUAGCAUGUGUGAAUGGCGUGUGCUAGAUUUCUGGAUUAUUCUGUAGUUUUUAGUAAUCCGGUAUGUAUUAUUUUAUAGUACUGAUUCGUGGGACGAUAUAUCAUAGUUGAACGCGGAUAAUCUGCCAGUUUGACUGACUAUAUUAUGUGAUAUUAGGUACGGUCUCCGGUCCUAAAUAUAAGAGUUGGUUGACCAAUUUGAGGAGAUUAAAGAAGUUUGUUAAAUUAGUUAUUU